AGCGCAGAUUUAGAACGAGUUUCGAGCGCACAGGGCAGUAUCGAAGCGCUGACGCUUUGUUCAACUCGCACUGUCGAGCGCGACACAUCGCCGGGCAACAGCAUGUCGGCUACACUUUGCGCAGGAUGGAUCGCCGCGCUAAUGGUACUGAUCGUUUCGGCCAAGACGCCGAACGUAACGUCGCAGGAUGAGAUCGACGAUUUCGUGCCCUAUCAGGGCGAGAGGUCCAACAUAUUCGAUUGGAACCUGCUGCAGAACUUGGCCAAGUCGAAUCGGGCCAACCUGCUGGUAUCGCCCAUAUCGCUGAAACUAGCUCUGGUGCUGCUCUACGAAGGCGCCCAGGACGAGACGGCCCAACAGCUCGCCACCGUGAUGCAUCUGCCGGUGGGCAUACUCGCGACUCGCGACAAGUUCUCCAGCGUUUUGAAAUCGCUCCAGACGAGAAGGCCCGAGUACGAGCUGAAUCUCGGGACCCGCAUCUUUCUGGACCAGAGCGUAACGCCGCGACAGCGUUACGGCGCGAUACUCAAAACGUUUUACAACACCGACAUCGUCAGCCUGAACUUUAGCAACACGAGGCCAUCGGCGGAGCUGAUCAACGACUACGCGAGGAACAUAACGCAGGCUCGUGUCCAGAAGCUCGUCGAGGAUGAAUCGAAGCUGCGAAACAGCAUGAUGCUCAUCGCCAGCGCCAUGUACUUCCAGGGCACCUGGCUCCGGCAGCCCUUCUCGGCCAACCAGACGCAGAUCGGCAAGUUCCGACUGGGCGACGGGAAGAACACGGUCCAGGUGCCGUUCAUGCGGAGCAGCAGCAAGUUCUACUACGCUUACUCCAGCGACUUGGAGGCCAAGAUUCUUAGGCUGCCAUACGCGGGACACAAGCUGGCGAUGUACGCGAUACUGCCGCAGGCGCCGGGCAAGCUGGACGAGCUGCUGAAGAAGGUCUCGCCGUUCGUCAUCAACAGACACGUCUGGCUGAUGCAGGAGCUCUACGUCGACGUGAUGCUACCGAAGUUCAAGUUCGACUUCACCAGCAAGCUCGAGAACAAUCUCCGCGAGUUGGGAAUCCGUGACAUCUUCGACGACACGGCGACGCUGACCGGUAUCCUCCGGUCCAAGUCGACCUCGAGGCGCCUCGUCGUCACCGACAUCAUCCAGAAGACCGGCAUAGAGGUCAGCGAGCGGGGAACCGUCGCUUACGCCGCCACGGAGAUCGACAUCGGUAACAAGAUGAACGACGAGACCUUCCAAGCAGACCAGCCGUUCUUGUUUUACAUUGAGGACGAGAGCACUGGCACGAUCCUUUACAUGGGCCUCGUAAAGAAUCCCCUGGAGGAAACCGGAAUAUCCGAGAGCAGUGCAGCGCCGCAGUCAGCGCAGAUGCCAUCUCGAGUCGGCGGACACGAGGACGCGCCAACUGCUUGGUCGGCAAUCAUAGGGACGGGCACGGACGAGCGUCAGAACUUCUUCAACGUGGAGCUUCUGCAGGAGCUGAACGAGGCCAAGCCGGGAAAUGUGGUAGUCGGUACGUCCAGCGUUAAAUCGGCUCUGAUGAUCCUGGCCGAAGCUGCAGGGGGUCGUACGCGCCAGCAGAUCGUGUCCACGCUGAGGCUACCGUCUGACGUCGCUCAGAUCCGAGACGUCGUCAGUCACAGCAUCUCGUCCUUCAAGGAUCCCAAGAGCGACACCGUGCUGCAGACCGCGAUCAAGAUGUGGCUGUCCAAGGACGUGGCUCUGCACAAGGACUACACGGACAUUGUGCAGAGGUACUACAAGGGCGAGCUUCAGGCGACGAAUUUCGCCGAUGUCGCCGGCACCGUCAAGACCAUCAACGACUGGGCGAACAAGUGCACCAACGGACACAUCAGCUCGAUCCUCGAACCCAACUCCGUCACGGCCGACACGAAGAUGGUGCUGACCACCGCGGUGUACUUCAAGGGAACGUGGCUCCACUCGUUCGACAAGAGCUCCACGAGAUCGAGGUGCUUCAACGCUCCGAAACUGGGCUGCCAACAAGUGCCCUUGAUGGAAGUCGUCGAGAAGUACAAGUACAACUACGUGCCCGCCCUCGACGCCCAAGUCAUCCAGAUCCCCUACACGGGCGAACGAGUGUCCAUGGUGGUGCUUCUGCCCCAACGGCUCGGAGAACAGGCCCUCCGUGACCUCUCCAGGGAUCUGGCCUUCACUCCGGUGUCGGUGCUGCUGUCGAGUCUCCAGGAAACCGAGGUCCUGCUGCAGCUGCCGAGAUUCAGCAUCGGUAACAAGGUCGACCUGCGCGCCACUCUCGAGAAGCUCGGCAUCAAGGACCUGUUCGACGAUAACGCCAACCUCACGACGGCCUUUCCCCGCGGUAACCUGCAGGUCGGCGCCGUCAUGCACAACGCGCAAAUUCAAGUCAACGAGGAAGGAACUAUCGCCGCAGCUGUGUCUGGUGUAUCGGUGAUUCCGCUGAUGGGCUCGACGGUCACGACGUUCCGAGCCGACAGGCCGUUCCUAUUCUUCCUGGUGGACCAUCAGACGAACAGCAUCUUGUUCGCCGGCAGAUACGUCCAACCCGGGGGUCCGGCUACCAGGUCGGCUUGAUGCUACUGAAGACUGCGAUCAUCAUAGAGCUUAUCCAAUGCAUCUGUAAUAACCGAAAAUUAUUCUCAAUAAAUCUCGGACUAUACUUGUAUGCGCUGAUGGAUAAUC